AUGCCAGCCGCUUCAUUCAAACACUUCGUGAUCUCAGUCAGUGGGGCUUUCUCUGGCUAUAAACAAGCCGAUCUGAAAAAGAUCAUCGAAAGUCGUGGCGCAACAUUUAGUCCCGGUGUCACGAUUGGAUGCACUCACUUGGUCACUACGCAGAGAGAAAUCAACAAUAACAACUCAAAAUACAUCCAAGCUACCAAGGUUUACAAUUGCAAUAUCGUCUCCGUUGAAUGGCUCAUCGACUCACACGUGGCCAAUAAGCCGCUUGACGAGAAGGACUAUCUGUUCAAGUCCAACUCCAACUCCAAGUCUGAUGACGAGGAAAGUGGCGAUGAAAAGAAGAAGCGCACGUUGGAAGAGGCCUUGGAUCUGACAGACGACCGCGCCAGCAAAAAGCCCAAAGACGCGCAGAAGGCCAACUCCAAGGCGCUCAAUGUCCCCGUUGAUGAAGGUUGCACUUUGAAAGGUUUUCGCUCUGUGCUUAUCGAUGACGCUGGUCUCAUCUGGGACGCGACACUGAAUCAAACUGUCUCGGGAAAGAACAGCAACAAAUUCUACCGUAUCCAGAUUCUGGUCGACAAGUCCGGGAAAGACUUCAAGACCUGGACCCGUUGGGGCAGAGUCGGUGAGCAUGGUCAAUCCGCUCUUCUAGGCGACGGUUUGAUAGAGACAGCCGAGGCCGAAUUCAAGAAAAAGUUCAAGGACAAGUCUGGUCUGGCAUGGGACAACCGGCUUGACGAUCCCAAAAAGGGAAAGUACACCUUCAUCGAGCGCAACUAUGAAGAGGAUUCCGACUCAGAGGAUGAAGAAGAUCAGAAGAAGGUUGUUACAGAGGAGAAAAAGCCGGAACCAGAGAGUACCCUGUCUGCGCCCGUUCAGGAGCUUAUUUCAUUCAUCUUCAACCCCGAUCACUUCCAAUCCGUGAUGGCAUCCAUGUCUUACGACGCCCAGAAAUUGCCUUUGGGUAAACUGAGCAAACGAACCCUUCGAAUGGGCUUUCAAUACCUCAAAGACCUCUCCGAUCUCAUUUCUAAUCCUCGAUCGGCGAACAGAAAACACGGCAUGAAUUUCGCAGAAGCAACUGAACACCUCAGCAACCAAUAUUUUACGGUCAUCCCACAUGUCUUCGGUCGCCAUCGACCACCCGUGCUCAAUACUGACCCACAGAUCAAGAAAGAAAUUGAACUCCUUGAAGCACUGACCGACAUGGAGGUCGCCAACGAUAUCAUGAAAGAAUCGAAGGAUGAGGAUACCAUCAACCAGCUGGACAGCCAGUUCCAGAGCCUUGGAUUGCAAGAGAUGACUGCCUUGGAUCGUAAAUCCAGCGAAUUCAGUGAGCUCUCAAGUUACCUAUUGCAGUCGCGCGGGUCCACCCAUCACUACAGAUACAACAUCAUGAACAUCUUCCGCAUCGAACGAAACGGCGAAGAAGAACGCUUCCAAGCCUCCCCAUACGCCACCCGCAACCCCAGCAACCGCCGCCUCCUAUGGCACGGCUCCCGCAGCACCAACUACGGCGGUAUUCUCAGCCAAGGUCUCCGAAUCGCGCCCCCUGAAGCCCCCGUCAGUGGCUACAUGUUCGGCAAGGGCGUCUACUUCGCUGACAUGUCCACCAAAUCGGCCGGAUAUACCUGCUCCUACAGCAGUGCCAACACGGGCCUUUUGCUUCUCUGCGACGUCGAGCUCGGCGACCCCAUGCUGGAGCUCGAUGGCGGCAGCUAUACCGCUGGCGAGGAGGCCCAAAAGGCCGGCAAGAUCGCCACCCUGGGUCGUGGGUCUUCUGUUCCGGCUGGGUGGAAGGAUGCCGGUUGCGUUCAUCCCGAUUUGAAGGGCGUGCAGAUGCCGGAUGUUGAACAGGGACCGGCGGCCGCGACGUCGAACUGUCUCCUUUAUAACGAGUAUAUCGUCUAUGAUGUGUCGCAGAUUCGUCAGAGAUAUUUGUUCCAGGUUCAUAUGGGCUAG